AUGGUCGCAUGCGCUCCCCACAGUGAAGCGUUGCGGACCAAGCAAUUGGCAGCGCCGCCCUCGCGACACUUCCAAUUCAAUCCCAUCACCAGCAUCAUCUUCGGCACCAUCCUCACCGCGUCUAGUGCUCGCUCGCCCAACAGCUCAUCCCCCGCUCCAAACCAGUGGCACCAGGGCGGCCCUGGCGGGCGACUCUCUCUCUCUCUUCGUCUCCCUCUCUCCGCGCGCCGCAGCCUCGACCUCGUCCAAACCCAGCCUCGUCCGCCAGACAUAUACACCAUCUCUCUUACACCCCCCCCCCUCCGUCGUGUCCAUGACCGUUGGCUCGCGUUCGUGAAAACCGUCUCGUCGUUGCAACUCGCCAUCUCGCUUCCCCAAUCCCCCGGGACAAGCCACCAUCUUCAACCACUCACGCGCUCGCCUCCCCGGGCCCAGACAAUGAUUGCUGACUCUUCCCUUGCAGGCGCCAACAGCAGCAACAAUGACGAUGGCGAGAGAGGCCGUGGCAAGCUUUUGACGCCCCUCUCGCUGCCCAAGAACCGCAGCACCAGCAACCUCGCCCUCUCAGCUGACCCCGACCGCGCCCGCUUUCGCAUGUCUUUUGAGGGCUCGUCAUCUGCCGCCGCCGCCGACCAUGACUUGAUGACCAGGUCAGUUAGCUUUCUUUUUUUUUAUUGCCUUGCUAUGUCUGAUCGUGUCCCCAUCCCGUCUUGGCUCCCUUCUUCUCCCUCUCCUUCUCCCUCUUCUUUCGCUUUCCCACCGUGCUUGCUUGAAUUCAAUACCGGCCUCACAGCCGCAGCAACCGCCGCCGCAAGACGCGUGGAACACGACCAUCAUGUCGUGUCACCCAGCAUCAUGCCUCUGCUAACAUUCUUCUUAAAUUGGUGCAGACCGUCACCCGUUACCGACCACGAACAUGGCCUCGGUCUCUCGGGCCUGCGCCGUAUACGGCAGCAUCCGCCCUCGCGCAAUCCCACCAUGCCAAACUCCAACGCUUCCUCUCGUAGCCCGUCCGUCGUAACUCUCUCCCGCUCGACCUCGAUGAGUGCCACUCUUGUCGCCCCCGCGCCGCUCUCCUCCUUCUCCCCCGCGCCUGCCUCUCCCAGCUUCUCCGAAGAUCUCUCUCGCUUCCCGACCGAGUCGCUGCAUUCCUUCUCCUUUGCCCACCAGUCCGAAGACUUUCUCCAUAACCGUCAAAAUGUCGUCAAACGCUCUCUCGAGUUUAUCAAAGACCGCCUCGGCAUGCCUCUCAGCGCCAACCAGGCUGGUUUGGCCAGCGCCCACGCCAGGCUCUCCGGUGAUUUGGAGGCCCAGACUAUGCUGGAAAUGCUCGCCAAGGCCCAGAUCAUCGGAGCCAGCAACCUGCCCAACCCAGAUGCCUCGUCUGCCAUCCCUCCGCUUACCGGGCCCCCGGAUCUGUCUGGUGAGAACAUCUUUGAAAAGCAGUUCAGCCCCCACAUGCUCAGCGAAGAGCCUGCCACCAUCCACGAAGAACCCGAGGACCUCACCGCAUCACCCACCUCUACACGUCGCCCGCCUCCAAACAAGGACGGCCAGGAUGAUUCCGCAAAGUCGAGUAGAACGCCCACGGACGAGAGCAAGACGACGGCUACCACGUCACCGCCCGCCUCGCGACCAACGAGUUUGAAACGCACCAUGACAGAUACCCUCUCCGUAGCCCUCAAGGACAAGCUCAUGGAUACUAUGGCCCAACCUUUCAUGGCCCAGCCAUUCAUGGCCGGCCCGACAUUGCAUCAAGAGGCAACUCUUUCUCCCAUCCUCCCACAACCAACCUUGCCCUCCCAAAAAAUUUCAGGGGCUCUAAACCCCGCCGUCCAUGGACAUACCAACAGAUGGGUUCCCGCUGCCCAAGCUAUUUUCACCACCGAAGCCAAACCUCCUUGGACCAUCCUCGCCGCAAACGACCUCGCUUGCCUAGUAUUUGGUGUCACCAAAGCUGAAGUUCGCAAGAUGGGUAUUUUAGAGGUUGUGCAGGAAGAGAGACGUGCGUGGCUUGAACGAAAGCUGCUUAGCAAAGACGAUGACGAUGAUAUGCAAGAUGCCGCCGCCGACAUGACACCUGCCAACUCAGCCGCAACAGUCCUUCUCGGUGGACGCUCUGGAAUUACGGCCCAAUUAUUGAACAAGCCUAAUUCGAGGUCGCAAACUCCCCAGCCUCCGCGGAGAGCUCAAACCGUCCAUAGCGGCGACAUUGAACCACCCAAGGCCCGUGGCACCGAUGCGCAUCGCACUACAGGUUCUCGAGGUGUUUUGCUUUGCGGCGAUGUUGUUCCUAUCCAGAAGCGCAAUGGACUGACCGGCUCUGCCAGUUUGUGGGUUAAGGAAAAACGCAUUGGCUUGAUCUGGGUCCUUGAGGAGAUCCAUGAGGACGUUGCCAAUAUCGAACUUGACGAAGAUGGCGUCGUCAAAACUGUGGUUGGCGCUACCGAGACUAUCUGGGGCUUUAAGGUUGUCAAGCAAGGCAUCGACAUUGCUAACCUUGUCCCGCGAAUUCCGCGCCAAGGGUUCGACCCGUCCCAGGGCGAGAUUGACUUUGCGCAGACGCGAAAGACACGCUAUUUUACGUGUCCCAACUAUCGAAGCGUCAAUAUUCCCUGCGCUGUCGAACAAGUACAGGGCAAACUCGAGCUAAGAGUUUCCACUUUCCCACACAUGGCGGGUAUCAUUGUUGUUGACCCCGCGACUUUUACUAUUCGCAGCUCCAACUCCGCGUUUAGUGGUGCGCUCUUUGGUUUCGAAAAACCUGCAGGCACAUCUAUAAAUGCCUUGAUUCCUGGCUUUGACAAGAUUGUCGAGACCUUGACCGAAGAGGACGGCCUACAGUUGCUUGAUGGAAUGGUAAUACCAGAACAUCGCUUCCGAAGAGCCGCUGCCUUUACCGCCAUCAAAGAACACAGGCCCAACGCUGCUGCAUCCUUUUUGCAACCCAACGGACUUGCUGCAAAGCAUCGCGACGGCUCCAAUCUCAACAUUGACGUUCAAAUGCGCGUUGUGGAGAGUGAGAAACAAAUCGACAUUUCGCAACUGAGCACAGAAGAGGCUGUUGACGACGAUCAAACCGACGUUUCCUCGACACACCCACAGACUGAAAUCGUUUUCGCUCUCUGGAUCACUUAUUCUAGACACCUUCACGCAGUCCCCAACGUAUUAGACCCAACCAAGCGUAUACCUUCUGGGCCACCCACGCCUCUGCAUCAGCCCUCGCCUGGCCAGACACCUGUCCACUCGCCUUUGGUUUUAUCUGACACUGAAGCUGAUGAACCGACACGACCUUCCGCCUCGCCCUCCACCAUGAACCUCUCCGGCAUGUCGAAGAUUAAGGAUGUUGCACUCAAUGCCGCAGCAAGGCUCACAGGCAAGACUCUAUCAUCUCCCAAGGCAGCCCCCGCGCAGCCAAUCUUGACGGCAGCAGAAGAGGAGCCUAGUAAGCUGACCAUAAACGACUAUACCAUCUUGGAAGAGAUGGGCCAAGGAGCCUACGGUCAAGUAAAGCUCGCGAGGAACAAGAAAACUGGUAAAAAGAUGGUGCUCAAGUAUGUUACAAAGCGACGCAUUCUCGUCGACACCUGGACGCGCGAUCGAAAGCUCGGCACUGUUCCACUCGAGAUUCACGUCCUCGACUACCUGCGGAAACCCGAAUUUCAGCACCCCAACAUUGUCGAGAUGGAAAAUUUCUUUGAGGACGACGUCAACUACUACAUUGCAAUGAAGCCUCACGGACUGCCAGGUAUGGAUCUAUUUGACUACAUCGAGUUGCGUUCCAAUAUGGACGAAGCCGAGUGCCGCCGCAUCUUUGUACAAGUAGCCCAAGCUAUUCACUUCCUGCAUACCAAGGCCCUGGUUGUGCACCGCGAUAUCAAGGACGAGAAUAUCAUUCUUGACGGCGAAUGCAACAUCAAGCUCAUCGAUUUUGGCAGCGCCGCCUACAUUAAGAGCGGACCCUUUGAUGUCUUUGUAGGCACUAUUGAUUAUGCUGCCCCCGAGGUCUUGGCCGGAAAGCCCUAUGGCGGUAAACCGCAAGACGUAUGGGCGCUGGGCAUUCUCCUGUACACCAUCAUCUACAAGGAGAAUCCCUUUUACAGCAUUGACGAGAUUAUGGACCACGACCUGCGCGUGCCGUUCACCAUGAGCCCCGAGAGCAUCGACCUCAUCCGCUGCAUGCUCAACCGCGACGUGUCCCAGCGCAGCGAUAUUACGCAGGUGGUGGAGCAUCCCUGGUGCAAGAGUGCUGCAUCGAAUUGA